AGCGGACUUCCCCACGCUGGCAUAGAUGGGUCCCUUCUUGGAAUGGAGGGGGUGCCAAGCCUGUUCCCCGCCCUUGCCUCUAAUGUGGCGGCCUUUGGCCUGAGCUUGACUGCCCUUAGCCUUGGAAGAAGUCGAAAGCCGGUCUUGGGAAGCCCGAGCGUUGUCGGAGGCCGCCCAGCACAGGGGAGACGUCAUGACUGGGUUGGGACCAAAGGGCCGACUAGGGAUCACCCUCGUCCCGGAUCUGUCAGUUUGGGUUCCUCUGAGUCUGGGAAUGCACUUUCCGACGGUUUGGCUGGGCUUCGCAGCAGCUACCAAUUGCUAGAACCGGUUUCCGGCCUCGGAUCAUCUGGCAAAAUGUUACUGUUGCUGCUGCUGCUCCCCGUGUGCUGGGCCGUGGAGGUCAAGCGGCCCCGGGGCGUCCCUCUCACCAACCAUCAUUUCUACGAUGAGUCCAAGCCUUUCACUUGCCUGGAUGGUUCGACCACCAUCCCUUUCGAUCAGGUCAACGAUGACUACUGUGACUGCAAGGAUGGCUCAGAUGAGCCAGGCACGGCCGCCUGUCCUAACGGCAGCUUUCACUGCACCAAUACUGGCUACAAGCCCUUGUAUAUCUCCUCCAGAUGGGUCAACGAUGGAGUGUGUGACUGCUGCGACGGGACGGAUGAGUACAAUAGUGGGAUCGUCUGUGAGAACACUUGCAAAGAGAAGGGCCGCAAGGAGAGAGAGACAUUGCAGCAGAUGGCAGAGGUUACCCGUGAGGGGUUCCGCCUGAAGAAGAUCCUUAUUGAGGACUGGAAGAAGGCCCGGGAGGAGAAGCAGCAAAAGCUCACUGAGCUACAGGCUGGAAAGAAGUCCCUGGAGGACCAGGUGGAGGUGCUGCGGAUAGUGAAGGAGGAGGCCGAGAAGCCAGAGAAGGAGGCCAAAGACCGGCACCAGAAGCUGUGGGAAGAGCAGCAGGCUGCCUCCAAGGCCCAGCGGGAGCAGGAGCUGGCGGCCAGCGCCUUCCAGGAACUGGAUGACAACACGGACGGGGUGGUGUCAGUGGCUGAGCUGCAGACCCACCCGGAGCUGGACACAGAUGGGGACGGGGUGCUGUCAGAAGGGGAAGCCCAGACGCUGCUCGGGGGAGACAUGCAGAUGGAUGCUGCCUCUUUCCAUGACCGUGUCUGGGCUGCCAUCAGGGACAAGUACCAGUCCGAGGUGCUGCCCACCAGCCCACCAGUGCCUUCUGUGCCUGACCUGACGGAGUCCAAGGAGGAGCAGCCCCCGGUGCCCCAACCCUCACAGCCUGUGGAGGAGGAGGAGGAAGAAGGAGAAACAGAGGAGGAAGAGGAAGAGGAGGAGGAGGAUUUCCAGGAGGCCCCGCCCCCACUCACGCCCCCUCAGCCGGGCAGCCCCACCAAGGAGGAGAAAAUGCCACCUUAUGAUGAGCAGACGCAGGCCUUCAUUGAUGCCGCCCAGGAGGCCCGCAACAAGUUUGAGGAGGCUGAACGGUCCUUGAAGGACAUGGAGGAGUCCAUCAGGAACCUGGAGCAGGAGAUUUCCUUUGACUUUGGCCCCAAUGGGGAGUUCGCUUACCUGUACAGCCAGUGCUACGAGCUCACCACCAACGAGUACGUCUACCGGCUCUGUCCCUUCAAGCUUGUCUCACAGAAACCCAAGCUCGGCGGCUCCCCCACCAACCUCGGCACCUGGGGCUCUUGGGCCGGCCCUGAACAUGACAAGUUCAGCGCCAUGAAGUACGAACAGGGCACUGGCUGCUGGCAAGGCCCGAACCGCUCCACCACGGUGCGCCUGCUGUGCGGGAAGGAGACUGUGGUGACCAGUACCACGGAGCCCAGUCGAUGCGAGUACCUCAUGGAGCUGAUGACACCUGCCGCCUGCCCAGAGCCACCCCCUGAACCACCUGCAGACAGCGAGCAUGAUGAGCUCUAGCCCCACGAGCCCGAGCCCUACCCCUACCCAGCAGAGAACCUCAAGACGUGGAACCAGCUCCCAGUGGUGCUGCCUACCUGCCCCACAGUCUGGAUGAAGGCCUGGCCCUCCAAGUCUCCUUGCCCUCCCCACAGGCAGGAACCAUGAGAGGCCCCCUGCCCUGUUUUCAGGGGGUCAGGUGGCGCAGAGCCAUUUCCAAAGCCUCAGUGACCCCCAAAGAUAGACUGAAGGAGUGCACCCUCCCUGGGCCCUGAGCCUAGUGGCUCACUGCCCACCCAACCUGACCCCCUGCCCAGGGCAUCUGCCUCCCCUGCUGGUGGGGACGGGGAAUUGACUGUGACCUUGAAACAAUAAAUGACACCCCCCAACCCA